CAGAGAGGUGGCUGGUGGCAGCUUGCUGAGUGGCUUAGCAUCUUGGAGUGGUGGCAGCUAUUGUCCGGUUUAGUGGUGAGUUUCCCUUGAUACCAUACUGGAGGAAACCUAGUAAUCUAGUUCAGGCGAGGCUCUUCUGUGAGCUCUCUUGGAGUUUAGGCUGAUUGCUUUCUCCUUUACCUUACAAACACUAUCCUCUUAGAGAAAGGCUUUAAUCUUCAAAGUCCUUGUGGUGGAGGAAUAUUGAACUCCCCCUGGCACAGGCCAGGCGGGAGAAAUCCUAUACCUUUCCCUCUCUCUUCUGCUUAAUUUCUACCCUCUAUAUUGAUUAAAUCACCAUAAAUUUCCAAACUGACUUGGGUAUUUUAUUUGGGAUAUUCCUUGGCGACCAAAUUAAUUUAGUUUAGGUCACAACCCUAAAAUUAUCCUUACACUUGGGAAUUGGUUUUGUGUUAAUAGAGCUUCACAAGCUGAGAUAAAUUUCAAAUACAGAGCUAAUUACUAUAGCAUGAAUCUCUUAAAUAGAUCCAAUACAAUUAAUAAAAUCUUUUGAUACCUGAAAAGUACCACCAAGUCCUUUGUGGGUUCCUUACUACUAUCUUCCAUAACUCUUAUUCCUAUAGUAUUAACUAAGAAAAUGACCUCAAAUUUCCUACUAUUCAGCUUAACUCACUAAUUAUAAUCACUGAUUCCCAUUAAAUUGCACUGAAAUGAGUAGUUACUGAUUAAAUUGAGUAGGGGUAUCGAAAUUGUGUUGACAUUGCUAAUUCUUGCCUUAAAGUCACAAAUCAUUGUUUCCUUCUCAAUGUGAGAUGUGAGUUUGUUUCUUAAAUGAAUGAAAUUUCUGACCUGCCCAGUUGUAUGUCCAGCUUCUGAUUUCCAAUAUUGUGAUUUUGAUUUCAGGGCCCUCCUGCUAUCUCCAUCCUUUCUGUGGUCUCAGUGGCUCCUAGCAGAGUCCUCAGGAGCCCAGAACUCAGAGAGAGGGUCAGUUCCCAGGUGGGAUCAAGAAUCUGGUCCCCAGAACCCAAAGUAACAUGAUUAUCUCUUUACAGGCCUCAGCUUUACUGGAAGGAGAAGUUGGUGUAGGAUCUCCCCCCAAGGAAGGGAAUCCAACCCAGGAGAUUAUCCCUGCUCUGCAACCUUUCAUCCAGCUCCAGGGCAGUAGUGAAGCCAUUUCCUUCUCCCAGCUGGGCAGAAAGGACUUGAGUGAAGUCAGAGCAAUGAGAAAACAAAAAGGAUGGUCAAGCAUGGGAGCCAUGACCCUGACACGGCAGGAGAAGGAUAUAGCUCUUGCCCCAGUUAGCAACAUAGAAGAGAAGGAAGGAGGGACUUCUGGAGUCCUAACUGCCAGGUUUCAGGAAUCUUUGACAUUCAAGGAUGUGGCUGUGGAGUUCACCUGGGAAGAGUGGAGACACCUGGAUCCUGCCCAGAGGGCCCUGCACAGGAAUGUGAUGUUGGAGAACUAUGAGAACCUGGUCUCUAUAGGUAAGCAGAACAAUGCCCUGUGAAUCAGUGUCAGUAUGUUGGAAUUUUUGCAAGCUCAUUUGCUGUAGGCUAAGAAAGAUAUACAUAAAUGUUGUCUUAUUAGAUAAGAACACUUAAGGCCCCACGGGAGAAUCCUGUAAUAAUUAAAAUUAAGUUAUGAGACUGCUAGUAGCUUUAUAAUUUCAUUAAAUCAUAGUACUAGGAGUAGUAUUAAAGAGAUGGAAAGGUAGGAAAGAGGUAGAAAGUUGCUUAGCUUUCUACUCUAUUGGUGGCCGUGAUGUAUUGAAGCUGAGGAAAGACAAGAGUACCUCCAGCUUCCAUGCUCUAGCCAGAAGACUCCAAAGACCUCUUGGUCUUCCAUUUGUGAGCUGUUUUCUUCACCCACUAGCUCUCACACAUCACAUUUCCAGAACCAACCAUAAUUUCUUAAUUUUUCUGAGCCACCCAAGGGGGCCAAUGUCCAUGCAAUAAUUUCCUUUCCUGUUGGUUCCUUAACUUCCUUUCUCUGAGGUCUUGUCUAUACCUGAAUUACUCAGUGUUGAUCAACCUCCAUAUCACUUAGUUAUGCCAUUUAAAUAAAAGACAAUAUAUUGGAGAGAGAAAUUCUUUUCCAACAAUCCCAAAUCUUUUGUGGCCAGUAGUCAAAAUGAUUCUGGGAAAGAGGUCUUUGCUUUGUAUGAAUUGAGCUCCUCUGGCUCCUUUCCUCUGAUGGUGAGGCUGUGCCUUCUCUACUCUGGAACCUCUGGUUACUGAGGAGUCAUCAUCUUGGCAAGAGGAGAAUCGGGAUAGAGGAGUGUCACUGA